UCAAAUUUACUAGCAGACUUGGUUUCUGGAGAAAUAUUCCAUCUGUACUGACUACCAGAAACAAGUAAAACAAUAGCAUGUAAUCAUCUCAGUAAUUGAGCAAGACAGAACAUUUCUUUUGUGUUUGUUCCCUUGGAUGACAUCCAAUCACUAAGCCUGUUAUUAUCACGUUUCCAGAUCUCAUGUUUCUGGUUGUUCGUCCCGAACAGAGGCUGCAAAGUAAUAUUUUUGUUAAUCUGAACGAUUUCACACAUAGUUUAGCUACAAAUAGGCUACAAAUGCUGUUAAUAGUGAGAGUUUAAUAGUAAGUGUGUGUUUAAGUUUGAAUUCUUAAAUACCAAGCAGUGCUUCACCUAAAACUAAUAUUUUAGUACAAUACUCAUUAUGAAUUCUUAAUAUUCAUUUAAAAACAAUCCAACAAUAUUUAAAUGCACCUAAUAUUAUAUUGUUUUUUGAUUGGAGUCCUAAAACAUUUUAUUCCUGAACUUUCCACCAACAAUACAUAAAGCCCAAUGUGCAUUAUGUACUUUUUUGUUUUUUUGUUGUUGUUUUUUUCAGAGAAAUGAACUAAACAUAAACUGAAGCAAGUGCUAGUACAAUCACCUUAAUUCAUUAAUAACAGAUUAUUAACAGGGAAAAUUCAAAAGUAGCUUUAAGUUUUGUGGGUUUGACUUAGAAAACCCUUCAUUUGUAAUCUGGCCUCUCUAUAGCAACACAUUCUCAAACAAACACACACACACACACACACACACACACACACACACACACACACACACACACACACACACACACACACACACACACACAUAAACACACACUCAGAAAGUGAGUAACUCUGAGCAGAAAAUUCAGGCUUCUAAUUCACCGAGUUAAACAGUACAACACAGACAAACACACGAUGACAAUGAAGACCCAAGAUAUUCAUCACACUAGCUCUUUUCCAUCCAUUCUCGAUUCCUACCUGUUUUCUGAAGACUUGGGAAAGGCAGUCUCUGUGGCCAAAGUUGUGACACAGGUGAAGAAGCUGAAGGAGAGACGAGUUCAGCGUCCUGUAUCUGCUGCUGAGCUCCAAAAAAGGAAAGUCCUCCUUAAACAGCGACAUCUAGAGGCGUAUCGUAGGCUUCACAGCCUGAAGGACAGAUUGUCCCAAAAAUACGCCAAGUUGCUCUCGGAAAAAGUCCAAAGACAGCGACAGGAGAUGAAACAGCACACCUCUGUUCAUUUAAACACCACAGAAAAACACAAUGGACAGAGCUCAAGAGCCUUGUCCUUCCAGGAGUUUGUUGGCUCAAGCCUUAAAGAUAAUGCUGCAUUCCUGAAGUCUUUACCGAAGACACAUUAUUACCUGAUCUUGGAGCUCCAGAGGCAACUGGGUCAGCGUGAGAGUCUGCAGCGUAUCAGGGAGCAAGAGGUGUUCAGGUCCUGGAUGGACCACAGCAACACCAAACAGCUAGAGAAACAACUACAGCAAAUAAAGCUUUCCAGCAAGUCAGAUCCAGGGCUGAAGUUAGAUGAUUUGCUAAAGAAGAAGUUAAAAGUUCUACCAAAGAUACAGAUUUCUCUUGCAGAAGGUGCAGAUCAACAAAAGCACCAUGAUACAUUCUCAGAGAGUGGAGGAGGAGUACAGGUCAUCUCUCCAGUUUUCCAUGGCAAACAAAUCCAGGAACAGGAUGAAUCUGAGCUAACGUUUCCCAGUGUGUUCUUGCAGAAGUUACAGGUACCCAAGUUUUCCACUUUGCAGCCCAGUUUCUUGGAAGCAUUCAGGACCAACAUUGCUCCAUUGAAAGCUAACGAGCCACUUCACCAAUCAAAAACUGCAUCUGUAACUCAGCGUAAAUUACGUCUCAUGCACAGCUUGUCUCUUUUCAACAUGGCUCAGGCUCAGAGUUUACUGAUUAAAAAUGGACUGAUGAUGCAGUACGAUAAAGGAAACAGCAUCCAAGACAUGAUGGAGUACGCAUAUCCAAACAUAGUCUUAGCUAAAGAACUGAGAUGUCGCAGUGAUCCUCCACUUCCAGACCAGUCCCUGAGAGAUCACACGACAACCGAAUCCUCUGAAUGCAUUAAAGAGGAAAUUAAUACACAAGCCGACCAGAUUGGCAGCUCUGAACUAUCUGAAGAAGUGCAAGAUCCCUGCAACAGCACCCGCACUGACAAGGUUCCCCUGUCCAUGGAGGAUAUUUAUGCUCCUUGCAUUUUACUGGGUAAACCAUUUAAUAAGAAGACGUGGAGCAAUUAUGCACAGUGAAAUAAUAAACAUUUGUCAGAACUGCAGCUUUUAAAGCAUACCUAUAUAUUUUUUCCUGUAUAGCAAUUCAUUGUGGUUAUGCAUUUAAUUUUUUGCACAAUAGUUUAGCUAUUUUCUGAGAACCUUCUAUUUUGAGGGGGGGGGGUGUCAUAAUACUGGAAAUAAUUAUGAGGGAGUUUACAAGCCUAAUCAAUUGAUAAUAUUGCACGAAUGUUGUUAA